AAUUGCUUCUUUCCAAACUUGUGACUUGUAAAGAGGCAUCCUUCACUGCGGUAUGACCGACUCCCGCCAAUCCGACGGCGGUUGCCUCUCUGCCUUAUGCUCUUGCUUCAAGAGACGAGAGAAGCCGUGCCAUGACGUUUCUGGGUCUUCUGCGACUGGCCUUGACGUCCUACCAGCGUCAAAACCGGCUGAUGUUGGAAAGCCUGAGCCUACAGGCCCCAAGGUCGGACGUCAUGAUUCAGUACUAAGCGUCUCACGCGCGACAUCAUCUACUAGUAAUGCGGAUGACCCUUCACUCCUUCCUGCUUCCAACGUUCCGGGACCAUCUGCAAUGAACGGCUCUACUCCAGCCAUUGAUUUAUGGCAGGAAGCAUGCAAGAAGGUGGACGUGAAAACUCAGGCAUGGAUUGCCAGUCUUCCUCCACCGGACAAUGCCCAGAAUCCUGCAAGUGAGUUGGCGGAGUUCGUUCGAGCAAGCGAAUUGAAACACAAGCAAGAGUCGUUGAAGAUCAAAUCCGGCGACCGGGAGAUUCUGUGGAGGGAUUAUGCGAAUAAAGUUAUCCCUGUGGUGACUGCGAUUGGAAAUAUUGCCAUCAACUUUGCCCCUGCGCCCUCUAACGUCGUGUGGUCGGCUAUCAAGGUGCUUCUGGCGGCCCACGUAUCUGAGCGUGAGGAUCUUGUGGCUAUUAUGGGAUGCACCGACAUAGUCCUCUGCCUCGUGAGGCGCGGUAGAGUGUACGAGAAGGUCUACAUUGGGAACUCCAUAUCGCCUAGGCCGCCUUAUCAGGAAGAUUUGGUGACGAAGUUGGUUGAAGUAUACGCAGAAUGCUUGGAGUUUCUUGCUUUUGUCUACGAAGAAAUGGAGCAUGGCAAUUUGCGCCGAUUCUUCGACGCGCUCGUUGACCCCGGUUAUGGCGAAAACCGGCUAUCAGCAGUGAGAGCACUUGAGCAGGAACUGGAGCUUGCGACUCGUCCUUGUAAGGCUACAGCAGAUGAUGAGCACCGAAGAUUGCUUGAGAGUCUUGAAGAACCAAUCAAGCGUACCGACAAGAAUGUCAUGGAUAUUCUUCAGGUGCUUGAUAAGCAAGAAAGAGACAAGGCUAUGGAAUACGUCAGUGUAAUUCCAGUCGGAUCUCAUCAUAACGAAAAGGUCGAAAAAAGAACCAAGGGCACAUGCGAAUGGUUGGUCAGCCAUUCUAAAUUCCUUGAAUGGGAAGACUCUGAUAGCACUCCGGUGUUCUGGUUGCGAGGCGAUAUCGGUACGGGAAAAUCGUUCCUAUCUUCGAAAGUAAUUGAUCAUUGUCGGAUUCACGACAAACUCCAAUUUCACAGUGGGCACAGCCUGGGUCUCGCCUUUUUCUACUGCAAUAGCUCUGAUCAGAGUCGGCAAAGCAUUCAUUCCAUUCUCCGAAGCUACAUCCGACAACUAGGCGAGGUGACCGGUCAUCCUGAGAGCAUUCAUGAGACCUUAUUCAACCUAUACCAGAGGAAACAAAUCCAAAGCGAUAUCACGCUCCAAGAAUGCGAGACAGCGUUGGUAGAGAUGAUAAACAGUUACCCUCGAACUGUUCUUUUACUCGACGCCUUGGAUGAGUGCAAGAAAGACACGAGACGGCAAGUCGUUCAGCUUUUCAAGCGUCUAGUGGAGAAAACCAAUAGUUGUUUGAAAAUAUUCAUCGCCAGCCGUCCCGAGCACGAUAUUAGUGACCAUCUGAGGUCAUUCCAAGAGCCAAGGGCAACGAUCACAAUCAACACUUCUGAUAAUCAGGGAGACAUCGAGAAGUUUGUCAAUACAGAGGUGGACAACUUCAGCGUAGAUUGGAGCCUUGAAACUAAGCAGGUUGUUAAAAAGAAGCUUGUGGAGAAGAGCGCGGGAAUGUUCCGAUGGACUUACCUGCAAUGGGAGCAGCUCAAGGAGUUCGAGACCAAUAGCAGUGUCAUAGCCAGACUUGGGAAACUUCCCAAAACUCUGACUAAAGCCUACGACGAGAUCUAUGAUAAACACGAACCUGAGAGCUUUGAGCGUUUCAUGCUGCAGCGAGCGGUAAGAUGGGUCAUGUGCGCCCGCCAGCCGUUCAACAGUCGCAGAUUGCUGCCAGCCAUUCGAGUGGAAAGCGAACAGAUGCAUGGAGACGGUAUGAAGGCUCUCGACAAGUCAGAUCUCACCGAGAAAAUGUUGGAGACUGUCUGCCGACAUUUGAUCGUGAGGGACCCAGACCUCAAUGUCUGGAGGUUUGCCCAUGCAUCAGUCAGAGAAUACUUUGAAGAUAAGAAGGAAGAGCCAUGGGUCAAAGACGCGCCAGCGGAGGUAGCAAUUUUCUUGAUCAACUGCUUGAGGGAUUGCUGCGCAGCUUACCCCUCUAUCUGGCCACCCUCAGAUGUGGACCCCAACUCAGGAACGCUCCAGGAUAGAUCAGGCUCAAGAUUAGCCCACUGGAUGAGGAGGGGAGGAUACGUGGACCUUGACCAGCCUUUAGAUCCUCGGCAUCCACUUCAACGGUACAUUCACCUGAACUGGCUCACACACAUCCACGACCUUCCAGAAAACGAUGACAGAGUUGAAGACGUGGCCCUUGCUUUGAAACGAUUCCUGGGUGAAGAUCGCCCUCCGCAUUCUUCCAGGGAGUAUCAGGUAUUUUGCAACCGCGUCAUGGAACCUUGUCAUCGGCACCACUACGAAUUUACAUGGAGUCGGAGCAUGCCAAAUACCAACUUCGCCUUUGGCGUUGUGGCAAUGGGUCUUCAUCGGCUCCUGCCUGAGUGGUGGCACAAAGGCCUCGACCUUCCCUCGUUAGUGAACGAGAGAGAUAUGAGCCUGCUGCAAAUUGCCACCUAUUUUGGCCACUACGACCUCUGUCAAUUUCUAAUCAGUCGGGGAUGCGACAUCAACGGGUUUGUUCGCGACGGAGCCGUUGGCCCCCCACUGUUGAUAUCAGUAGAACAGCGAAAGAUUGAUGUCAUGAAGCUGCUGCUCAAGAACGGUGCAAACAUGGACUUCUUCUCCAAACGCGCAACUCUGGCUUGUUGCGCAGCGGGAAUCGGAUCUGAGUACUGCACUAUUCUGCUGAACGCAGGUCUGGACCCCAACAUGAGGUGUAAUCCCGAUGAUCCCGGUCCUCCGUGGUAUUGCUAUUACGGUUGUGCCCUGUCGAUUGCUGCUGUUGAUGACGAUAUCGACACCAUGAAAGUCCUGAUUGGCAAGGGAGCAAAUGUCAAUCCGGAGAACCUCAAUGACAGCUAUGGAAGCCCUCUGGCUACUGCCGUAUCCCGUGGCCGUGUUGAAAGUGCUCGCUUUCUUCUGGAAAACGGUGCAAAUGUCAACGACCAGUUCAGAUACGGGGAUUAUGGCUGCCCUUUGAUUGCUGCUAUAUGCGACGUUGAAUGUGCUCGGUUACUGAUUGAACACGGCGCUAAUACCAAUGCAGAUUCGAGGGCUGGAACAUGUGGUAGUCCAUUGGUAGUUGCUAUAACGAGGGGAGACGUGGACUGUAAUCGGUUACUGAUUGAACACGGCGCUGACGUUAAUGCAUAUCUGGAGUUCGGAGAAUAUGGUAGUCCAUUGGCAGUUGCGGUAUCGACAAGAGACAUUGGCUGUGUUCGAUUCAACUCUGUACUCUUCAACGGGACUUUGCCUGUUGAUAGGAAGGUAGACCUGAGAGAUCUGUGUUAUAAGAUACCAGUGAGUAUGAGUAAGUAG